CAUACUAACAUGUUGCAAGUAAUCCCUCCGUCGAUUACGUUCGUGAUAAGAGAAGCUCUGACAUUUAGAUAAAAUAUUUCCUUGGCUAGAGUUCAGUUUAGUGCUGAACGAUAUUCGAACAAUAUGUGCUGAACAUAUCAUGCCCAAGGAAAAAUCAUCCAAACGUGUCAAUUGCGAUAUUCGCUUUGACAAUAAUCCCAAUGGAAUUUUCAAAGCGGGAGAUGCAGCUUCGGGGUCAGUUAGUCUGACAUUGACUCAAGCUAAAAAAGUUAGAGGAAUUUGCUUGGUCAUAACUGGCUUCGCUGAAACCUUCUGGGACGACAAGGUUCCUCACGGUCCCAAAAAUAAGAAAACCAAAGCUCAGUUCAAAGGCCGCGAAGAAUAUAUAUCACAAAAAUCUUAUCUAAUUGGAUCGGAAACUGGCAGUCCACUAGACCUUGCAACUGGAACCACCCACUAUUACUUUCGGUUCAAUGUUCCGCCAUUGGCUCCCACCUCAAUGGAAGGGAAAUACGGUCAUGUAAGAUACCUCGUAAAAGUGACCCUCGAGCGACCCUGGAAGUACGACCAUAACUUUCAAAUUCCAUUUACCGUUUUGGCUAAAACCGAUUUUGACGAAAGCAACGCAAAUCUGAAGAAACCCGUAAAAAUGGAAGAUCAAUUGAGAUUCUACUGUUGGAUCUGCAAGUCAGCUCCGCUGAUGGUGAAAGCAACCGUUCCCAAGACCCUGUUUAUUCCGGGUGAAUCGAUAGAUGUCCUAAUUGAGGUUGACAACCUUAGCAAGGAGGAUGUCUCCGAAAUCAUUGUAAAAUUUCAAAAAGUAGUAAAGUUCUUAAGUCAGGUGCAGAUCAUAGACAACACUCAGCUGUUCGCUGAAAACAAGCUAAUCAAACAAGAGACCAUAGAAUUGCAGAGAACUUCUGCUGUUGCCAAACUGACAAACGCAAAAUUCGAGAAACAUUUCCUUGUCGGACCGAUCACUCCGACGGAAGACCGCCAGAGCAAGAUCAUGAAAAUUGGAUACGAAAUAGACAUCCUGGUUAAGCCGAAAUUAUCAACGCAAAGGAUUCAGCUCAACAUUCCAGUCAUCAUUGGUUCGGUCGGGGCCAAAACGGAGGAGGCACUGGAGAUUGCCAUGUCCACCGGGGUGGCAAAACUGGCAGAGGGACUGAAUCGGGAUCAACCGACAGCUCCUCCACCACCGUAUGCCGAGAACCAGUCCAGUUUGUAUCCGUUGAGCUCGUUGCAACAGGCGUACGGAAGGGAGAACAGUACUGAUGAAUGAAAGAUAAGAUUGGCGUAUGGUUUAUGAGAUUAUGUAGAGUUUUAAUAUCGUUCAAGCAUGGAGCAAAAAUAUGAUCAAAUAUAGAACUAUAGUAAAUAUGUUUUGCUAUGUCAUUUGAAUAAAGAAUUUAUACUAUUAUUUAAA